AUGGAACGACACAACCACUCAAUCCUGGCUGAAUUUGUGUUCCUGGGCUUCCCCAGUGUGAGACACAUCAGGGGCUGGCUCUUUGUCCUGUUGCUGUUGGUAUACCUAUCCACCAUAUGCGGUAACAUGCUCAUAUUCUUAGUCAUACGACUGGAUGCGGCCCUCCACACACCCAUGUACCACUUUGUCAGUGUCCUCUCCUUUCUAGAGUUGUGGUAUACAGCCACAACCAUCCCCAAGAUGCUAGCUAAUCUUCUCAGUGAGAAGAGGACCAUUUCUUUUGCAGGAUGCCUUCUUCAGACCUAUUUCUUCCACUCUCUGGGGGCCUCUGAAUGCUACCUUCUUACAGCCAUGGCCUAUGACCGUUACCUGGCCAUCUGCCAGCCCCUCCACUAUCCUGCAAUUAUGACUGCUACACUGUGUGCCAAGAUGGCUGUAGGAUGUUGGACUUGUGGUUUCCUGUGUCCCAUUUCUGAGGUCAUCUUGGUUUCCCAGCUCCCUUUCUGUGGCUACAAUGAAAUCCAACACAUCUUCUGUGACUUUCCACCUCUGCUGAGCUUGGCCUGCAAGGACACAUCCACUAAUAUUGUGGUGGACUUUGCCAUCAAUGCCUUCAUCAUCCUUCUCACCUUCCUCUUUAUCAUGGUUUCUUAUGGAAGAAUCGUUGGGGCUGUACUGAAGAUCAAAACAGCAGCAGGAAGAAAGAAGGCCUUUUCCACAUGUGCCUCACAUCUCAUUGUGGUCCUCAUCUUCUUCGGGAGCAUCAUCUUCAUGUAUGUGCGGUUAAGGAAGAGCUAUUCACUGACUCUCGAUUGGAUGCUUGCUGUUGUUUACUCUGUGCUGACACCACUGGUCAACCCAGUUGUCUACAGUCUUCGUAACAAGGAACUCAUUAAGGCCAUCAAAAGGACCUUCCGGAAGGGGAGGAAGGCUAGUCCUAUUCACCACUGA